CUAAUUAUUGUUUCACACAACUGUACGUUAACAUAAAACAGAUGGGGGCCUUGUCCCCAAAAAGAAAAAAUGGAGCGCAGGGGAGAAACUCCAGCCCACCUAAAAAAUUCACUUAUCUCGCCAGCAACCUAAAAGCAAAACUCCCAUGUCAGUUUUGUUCCUAUUUUUACUGCAGGGGCAUCAAAAAUGGGCAGCGGACAGAAACCGACACCAGUUUUCCUUCACAUUCCUUGUUCCUUCCCGUCGAUUAGCUGAAACGCCUGUCUCCUCCUCUAAACCCCUCUGAUAUAAGAUUCCCAUGGCUUCGUUUGAGCAAAGACGGCAGCAACAAUGUCUGCUCCACACCUCAAUGCUGAAUCGCAGCAUUAUCAGAGCCAUCCUCUAUUGUCGAACAGAGCUGAUGGCAACUACAACAUGAGCCCCAUGCAAAAGGCAAUAGGCCAGACAUACCAGAGCACUGGCCACCUUGCGAAACUCCUUCCUUCAGGCACGGUUCUUUCCUUCCAGCUCUUAGCCCCCACCUUUGCAAAACAAGGCCACUGCGGUGACAUGAAUCGGGUUAUGACAGGAGGGCUCGUGGUGCUCUGUGCACUCUCCUGCUUUGUUCUCAGCUUCACGGAUAGCUUCAGAGAUGUGGAAGGGAAGGUACGAUAUGGGUUCGCCACAUUCAAGGGACUGUGGGUCAUUGACGGCGGGGAUCCUCUUGAACCACUUGCAGCAGCGGAAUACAGGAUGCGGUUUUUAGAUUUCAUACAUGCCAUUGUUUCAGUGAUGAUUUUUGUUGCAAUCGCACUGUUCGACCAAAAUGUGGUAUCUUGCUUCAAUCCAGUACCAUCCGAGGAUACAAAGCAACUUCUCACAGCAUUGCCGGUUGUCAUUGGAGUUAUUGGGAGCAUGCUGUUUGUUAGCUUCCCUACCACCCGUCACAGCAUCGGCUCCACACUUUCUAGUUCAUAGUCACAGAAAUCGGGGUCGAGGGUACCGUUCCUCGACCCGGGAACACCGAUCCCGUCCCGGAAACACGGGGUCAUUUUCGUCCCCGCCUUGUAAAAACCUCUCACAAGGAUCGUACCCCGUUCCUCAACCCCGUCCCUCG